GCGGCCGCGGCGCAGUGCGCGCGCGUCGGUGAAAGGUGACAUGUCGCGAGUACGAGUGAACGGCGCACGGACCGCCAUGGCUAGCCUACCUUAUAAGACGAUACUACUUCUUAUCUGUGCUAUUCUCGGAAAUGUUAGUUGCCAGAAGGACAAGGACAAGGAGGAGGAGUUUGUUUGUCCAGAGGGCACGCAGGGCAACGGCAAUUUUGCGGACCCCGCCACUUGCAGACGCUUCUACCAGUGCGUCGAUGGGUACCCGUACUUGAAUAGAUGUCCUUCUGGAUUGUUCUUCGACGAUAUCAGCAAGUUCUGUACCUUCAAAGCUGAGGCGAGAUGUGGUCCUAUUGCUACCACGCAGGCUCCCAUCACGGAAGCGCCUCUAGACCUAGCGACCAAGUGCGACCCGGCUGAGUGCCAGUUGCCGUACUGCUUCUGUUCCAAAGACGGCACUCUCAUACCCGGCGGCAUUGACCCUGAAAAUACUCCGCAAAUGAUCAUGCUAACUUUCGACGGGGCUGUCAAUUUGAACAACUUCGAACUAUACAAGAAAGUUUUUAACGGCAAGCUGAAGAAUCCGAAUGGCUGUCCCAUACGUGGGACGUUUUUCCUGUCUCAUGAAUACAGCAAUUACGUCCAGGUUCAGGCUCUAGCACACUACGGUCAUGAGAUCGCCACAGGCACGGUGUCCCAACAGCAAGGCCUGCAAGACAAAGGCUACGAAGAGUGGGCAGGCGAGAUGAUCGGCAUGAGGGAAAUCCUGCGACGAUUCGCGAACGUGUCCCGAACGGAGAUCGUGGGAACGAGGGCGCCGUUCUUGAAGCCUGGUAGAAACACGCAGUUCAAGGUGCUAGAGGACUUCGGAUACAUCUACGACAGCUCGGUAGGUGUCCCGCCGCUGCCUAUUCCAGUGUGGCCUUACACCCUCGAUUACAAGAUCCCGCACGAGUGCAAGUCGGGGACUUGCCCUACUAAAUCCUUCCCGGGACUUUGGGAGGUGCCAUUCAACGCUCACUACGUGGAAACGUUCGAGGGAGGACACUGUCCGUAUCUGGACCAGUGUGUACUCCACAAUCAUGACUCUGAUGAUGUACUAGAGUGGCUGCAGGAAGACUUCAACCGGUACUACGAGCAGAACCGGGCGCCGUACAUGAUGCCGUUCCACACCAACUGGUUCCAGAUCAAGGAGUUGGAGCAAGGCCUUCACAAGUUCCUCCGGUGGGCUGCAGACUUACCAGACGUAUGGUUCGUCACUGUAACCCAAGCGCUAACUUGGAUGACAGACCCCAAGCCAGUCAAGGCGUUGAACAACUAUGAGCCUUGGCGCUGUGACAAUAAGGACCUGCCUGCUGCUCCUUGCAACCUCCCCAACAAGUGUGCACUGCCCUUCAAGCAUUCCGACAGUAACUUCACCGACACGCGGUACAUGGAGACUUGCAGCGAAUGUCCUAAACAGUACCCCUGGCUGGGUGACUCAGGCGGCACCGGCAUUCCUGGGAAAGACAACUACAUACCUGACAAUCUCAAAAGAAAGUAGUUUAUAGAUUAGUUUUUAGUGUAUCCUGUAUAAUCUAUCUAGGUUAUCUUUCGAUUCAAAAUCUCAGAUUUUUACUUCAUUUUUCAUGUUACCUAAAACUGUUCUAUUCUCUCGCAAAGUUAUCAAUACAAAUUGUACUUAUACUUUACUUAUUUAUCUAUCGAAGAAUUUACCGCAAAUAUUAAAAUAGAUAUUCUGGAUAGAUUAUACUCUGUAUAUUAUAUUUAGGUUCUAAGAAAACGAUGACUAGUCGUCGCCACUCACAAUAUAGUUUUAAAAGCUUUUUUAUCGUUGAAUUAGAUCUUAUUUAUGACUAAAACUUCUUAUAGAGGGGCUCGAUCCGUGUUUUUCUCGGGCAUAUUUCUAUUAUUACGAAAACAGCUUUGUAUGCUGGAACGACGGUCAAAAUUCAUACCUAACUAUUUUAUGUUUGUGAUUGUCUAUGAUUUAAAAAUAAUUACAGAAUCUACGAGUAUGCUCGUGUAUGGACUGAGUUUUGAAACUCGUUUCAGAAUACGGGCUAAGGACCUUCAUGACUGGUUUUUUAUUUUUAACUUUUAUAUGGACAAUAAACAGAUCUCACAAUCUAAUUUGAAAUUCAUAUUUGUCAUAAUAAAAUAAUGUGUAAAUACAAUAUUUAGCUAAGUUACACUGUGACAAGGUUUAUACGUAGUUUAAUGUGAAAAUGUGUAAACCUUUCUAAUUAUGAUAAUCACGUUUCAACUUUCAACGGUUUCCAACAUAGAAGUUAAACCACUUAUGCCAUUUAUUCAAAAGAUUACCUACUUGUAGCAAAAUAUCAAAGAUAAAGUUAGUGUUAUAAUACGAUUGGGCCAUAAUAUUACAGCGGUGUUUUAUUAGCUAAAUUAAUUACUAAAUCUACGCGAAUAUUUAUUUGGGUACUAAUAUUGGGCAAUUAAUUUUGCUUUCAAUAGUACUGUAAAAUAAAUAUCUCCACGUUUUCACAAUGUAAAUUCUGUGUUGUAUCAAAACAAAUUAUGUAUUCUCAAUGAGUACGGUGCUCUUUGUAUUUGUAAGGUAAAACAGCUGUUUAUUUGUUAAAUAAAACGAAAAUGUAUUUCCAAA